UCGGUUCUGAUUCUUUCCAUGUUCGGAUUCGGUCCGUAGAGCGGAAAACUUUAACGUUUUCAACGACGACGGCACGCGGUUUAUCUCUUGUGGGUGGCUUCUCGUUCUCUCUUUCGCCACUUUAGUCAGUUGGUUGUCCAGAGUCGACCCAUCAAAUUUCGUCCUGCUACCAAGUACAUGGUAACAUUGCCCCGAAGAGUAUCAAAAGAAUCAUCAGCUACAGGAAAAACUGUGGGUGGAUUACGGAAUCAAACUUGUUACAGACCGAUUCGGUUAGUCUUUCAUUGAGGACAAUCAAACAGCCAUUUAAAUGGAAUUCUUUUACGCUGAAACAGUGGAUAGAAAGUGAAGUGAAAAUUUUCUGUCCCAAGAAAUCUCAAUGGUUCCGGGAAAAACACCUCCGAAGUGCGUUUGUUCUUCUCGCCCCAGCAAGUAGCCUCCUGGUGUUGUGCGUGUUAUAUAAUUUCGGGGGCUGAUUUGUGAAGCGCGCUGGCUCGCCUACUGGGUUCGUUUGGGUUUUCCUUUCGAGUGCUUUUAUGUGGUUUUCGCGGAUGCUACAAAUUAGUUGGGUAAAUUACCCCCAAAAAGCGUCCGCUAUUGAUGGAAAGAAAGUUUGAGAAUAAAGCCAAUUUUCACAAAAGCUCGCACGAGAUCAACUGGUAGACGGCGAACGAACGGACAGAAGGAAGGAACUGUGAGCAAUAACCCCCAUGGGUGGUGGAAAUAAGCCUCUUAAUAUUGUUGUGGUUCUAUUUUUAAAGCACCCAAUCACCUGUGGUACAAAACAGCACCUCUUUUUGUUCUGUGUCCAUUACAGCACCUAGUUAUUAUUGUUUGCCAAAGCAAUUUUUCAUGCCCACUUUUGAGAUAUAUCCCAGGGUAGCAUUUCUGUUAUUGAUUUUUGCACUUGUGCUGGUCCGAUUAAUGGGCGCACAAACAAUAGGAAAUCCUAACUAAUCCCAACACACGUUUUCUUCGCUAAACAUAUCUAUUGGACCCGUGAGUGUAUCGAAUUGUGUGAAUGUGAAUGCGUGUGUGUUAUUUCUAUUAUCCCUCUUUUUUCUUCUUUCAUGGGUGGAAUGUGAAUGCCCUCCCAAAGCAUCCAGCCAGGGAUCAGCGAAAAGCAGGCCAUGGUGAUAAAGUAACAAUAAAAAUCCAAUCCCAGUAGGUAAUCCCUUCGCGAUGUUGUCGGUUGGGUUGUUCUACACCACCAGAUGACACUUAUUGUAGUGUAGCAAGCCAUGCGUUUGGAAAACUGAAACGCCAGCGCGUGGAAAAUGUUUGUUAAAGUUCUUAAGGGAAUCGAGAAAAAAAAAUUCAGAAGUUGUAGAAACUGUACUAAUUUAAAUUUAAACAAGGGCAAUCAAAUGUUCAGAAUUACAAGAAAAAAUAUUAGUGAAUAUUACCGAUCCAGAAAUUUUAGGCAGAAAUUAAGCUGGCUUAUUCAGACCAAAAGUUUUGGGAAGUUAUAUGUAUUGUCUGUAAAAUUUCAGGUGUGGUUCCUAGGAUUCACUCAGAAUUUUUUAUCAGGAAUUUUGUUUAUCAGAGGUCAAUUGGGCUAGCGAUUGUUAGUAGCAUCCAGCUUUUGAAAGAUUCUGCAUUUACUAAACGAUGUUUAUAACCAGGUGUAGUCUCAAUGAAACAUAUUCAUGUCAGUGAUGUCAACCUUCUAACGACUGAUCUUUGACGUCUCGGACCUAAAGACUAACCGGCUACCUUGAUUAACGACCUGACCUACUUCACGAUCGACAUUUUGAAUCAAGACGGAUCGAAGCCAGAUAUUUCCCAUUACGACUGAUCUUUGCCCGAUGGAUCUUUGGUUUAACAAUAACUUUUGAUCUGAUUCUCAAAUUUUGAUCCCAUUACCUACUUUUUGCUUAACGACCAAAGUUUGUAUUGACCCUUUGGCCUAUGUACUCGAUUGACUUUUGAAUGAACAGUAGUCCAAGAACCUACCUCUGGCUGGUUGAAUUACUGACCUUCGCCCUAACAAUUUUUGGAUGGAUCAAUAAAAUCUUUAGCUUAAAAACAAGAUUUUUUGUUUGAAGGCCUACGGUAUUAGGAAUUAGUGAAUUUCAAGAUCGGAACUCGUCAAAGCUGUAGCUAUGCAUAAUUAUCUGAAUCUCACUAAUUUUGAGACACUCUGUCUUAUAUACCGGGACUAGAACAGUCUAUAAAAAAAAAAUUAACGAUAGCCUUGCUAAUCAGUGCUUUUCAAGCCACUCCGUCUAUCUCUAAACAACCUAGCUCUAUCUUUUUCAAUCAGUGCGUUUCCACCUCUCUGUCUCAUUUAUCGGAGCCGAAAAAAAAACAUCUCCUAGCAACAACCAUUACAAUCAGUACCUUUCUAGCGGUUCGAAUCUCAACAAAAUCUCAGUUUUUUAGAUGCUUCAACUUGACCAUGAGCUUUUUUAAGAAUUUGAGAGCAAGAAAAUGUUGCAUAAACCUUACAAUAUUAAAAAAAAGUAAACUCACCUGUACCUGGAACGGAAUUUGUGAUGAAUCAGCAACUGCGACUGGCUCCGCGAUUUCUGUCAGUUUUGGCAUGGCAGGAUUUUUAUAAGAAGUUAAUUCAUUGAAAUUUUUGUUCACUUCGAUUCUAAACUCUAAUUUUCUUCUAGUCUUACCUACUGUUUGCCUAUGUUUCACCUUAACUGUUCUUUUGCUUACUGUUCAUAUCGAUUGUUCUUCCAACUUUUUAAUUAUCACUGUUAACUGCGUUUGUAUAGCUUUUAACUUUGGGUUGUACAAUGAUCCAGUUUGAAGGACCAAAGAUCUGAACCCACCAACCAACUUCUGUGGACUCCUCGAGAAGGCUUUCGACAAUUUCUUGUUUCUCUAUAUAUCUCUGGAGCCACCAUUCAAUUGAUCUUCUAUCGCUGGAGCCACUGAAAAGAAAUUAAAUAAUCUAUUUUUGUGAAAUCAUUAGUGAAAUAAAUAUCAUCAAUGUUAAAUAGGACAUGGUUGGAUUUCUUUUUUAUGGGUCUCUAAUUAGUGUUUUUAAAAGUGAUUAUUUGUUUUAAAAUUUACGGAACAGCUAAUUCUUGUUCUAACUUUCCCUUCAACAGAACCGUAUAAAAAAUCCAGCACCCAUCUGUUUGCACAAAAAAAAACAAUGUUUAAGCACAUAUAAAGCACUGCACCUGUAAACAUCAUCCCCAAACGCACAGAAUGCCGCACCAUUAAAAAGCGUUUUCUCAUAGUUAGUGCCUAGUGAAAGCAACCCGACAGCAACUCCCGACACCAAUUACAGCAACUAAACACAACAGUAAACGACAACAGCAACACACCAGCACGUGCAUGGUCCUUCUGACUGAUUGAUUAGUUGAAUACCUGCGGUACGAGUGAACGAAACUACAUUUUUUGUUUGUGCAUCAAUCAGUUUGAAGUGCACUGUAGUCAAACAACACAGGAGCGCACAGUUUUCUUCUAGUUUAGCUUGGGUUUCGGAAUUUCCCGAACCGGCCGUGCACCGCCGCCUGAAUGGCUAACACGGCCCAUUUGUUUCGUAGACAGAGCUCCCGGGAUCUGAUCCAGCAGGCCACCGUCCGAAGUUUGGAUGAGUUGGAAUUGAGGGAACUGCGAAGUCGACUGGUGCGGGCUGAGAAUGGCAACCGGAAUGUGGUCUAUGGAGCCACCAAUCAGGCGUUCAUCAGCGAUGACGAUCCUCCGAUGGGGAGAAUUUUGGAUUUGGGACCGAGUUCGGCCCCGCCCACAGCAAAAGUUCCUCCGGGACGGCUACCGACGCAGACAUCCGUCAUCGAUGCAGUGGUCGAGGAAUCCGUUGUCCCGGAAAGGCCGGAAGACGAGCGCGAAAGCUGGGACAGCAAGUGGACCUUCCUGCUGGCCACGAUCGGCUACGCCGUGGGGUUGGGAAACGUCUGGAGAUUCCCGUAUCUAGCACAGAAAAAUGGCGGAGGAGCCUUUCUGGUGCCGUACUUUGUAAUGUUGCUGAUACAAGGUUUGCCGAUCUUCUACCUUGAGCUGGCGAUCGGUCAACGACUUCGGAAGGGAGCGAUCGGUGUUUGGCACGAGGUCUCAGCCUACCUGGGAGGAAUCGGGAUAUCUUCGGCCUUCGUCAGCUACAUCGUAGCCCUAUACUACAACACCAUCAUAGCGUGGUGCCUGAUCUAUCUGCUGCACAGCUUCGAAUCGCCACUUCCUUGGGCCGAAUGUCCCAAGCGGUUGUACAGCAACUUCACCUAUGACAUCGAGCCGGAGUGCGUGGUUUCAUCGCCGACCAAAUACUACUGGUAUCGGCAAACGUUGCAGGCCUCGCCAAGUGUCAACGAGCCAGAAGACAUCAACUACACCGUAGCGAUCGCGCUGAUCACGGCCUGGUUCCUGGUGUACAUCUGUAUGGUCCAGGGAAUAACCGAGUCGAGCAAAAUCGUCUACGUUACUGCCAUCUUCCCUUACGUCGUGUUGAUCAUCUUUUUCUUCCGCGGAAUCACUCUGAAAGGAGCAUCCGAUGGAGUGGCGCAUCUGUUCACACCGCGCUGGGAAAUGAUUCUUGAGCCGGUGGUGUGGCUCGAGGCCGGAACGCAAAUCUUCUUCUCGCUGGGGCUGGCCUUCGGAGGCCUGAUUGCGUUCAGCUCCUACAACCCGGCCAACAACAACUGCUACCGGGACGCGCUGGUUGUGUCCAUCACCAACUGUAGCACCUCCAUGUUUGCCGGGAUGGUUGUGUUCUCGGUGAUCGGCUUUAAGGCCACAUCGAUAUUUGACUCGUGCGUGGAGGAACGGGACACAAUGCUGGCGGCCAACAAAACUGCUAACUUGCCGGUGUGCGAUCUGCAGAAAGAGCUCGAAAAUAGUGCUUCCGGAACCGGGUUAGCGUUUAUCAUCUUCACCGAGGCGAUCAAUCAGUUUCCGAUGUCACAGCUGUGGGCGGUGCUUUUCUUCCUGAUGCUAUUCACGCUCGGUAUCGAUUCGCAGUUCGGAACACUGGAGGGCGUGACCACCUCGCUCGUCGACAUGAAGCUGUUCCCCAAUCUGCCCAAGGAAGUGAUCACCGGGGGUCUCUGCUUGUCGUGUAGCAUUCUGUCGAUGUGCUUUGCCAAUGGAGCCGGAAGCUACAUUUUCCAGCUGAUGGACAGCUUUGCCGGAAGCUACACCCUGCUGAUAAUUGCAUUCUUUGAGUGCAUAUCAGUUAGCUACAUCUAUGGCAUUAAAAGGUUCGCCGACGACAUCGAGCUGAUGACUGGCUCUAGGCCCGGUCUGUAUUGGAUGCUUUGCUGGAAGUACAUAUCGCCUAUUGCGAUGAUCACCAUUCUGACGGCGUCCUUCGUAGAACUGGCCUCAAAGGGGAGCAGCUACCCGGGCUGGAACAUGCUAACCGGCACCACUGACAGCCUCGAGUGGCCCCAUUGGUGCAUAGUAGUUGCCAUCCUGCUCGUAAUGGUGUCAAUUCUGUGGAUCCCGGGCAUAGCCAUCUGUCGCUUGUGCGGCAUCAAUAUAAUCGAAGAUUCGGAACCGGCCUGGUUCCCGUCGGCUGAGUUGAGGGAUGUGCACGGUAUUGUGCCACAUGAACCGACCGACAUUGAGAUUUCGCUGUUCUGCAUACGGCCGGACGGUUCCGAGGGUUUGUGCUGUCCUACGUACGGCCCCAGGGAACAACCGCUCGAUGAAGACGAUGAGGAGUAAAAUGUGGCGAUGCGCAUCAUGAGUACUGACGACGACAAUAAGUAUAUAUUACAGUACAGGACAUCCAGGUUCUAUUUACCGUUACAGAGGAGAUUCUAGUGUACUAAACGAAAAAGUGAAGUUGACAAUACAGCAUUGUUUGAGAAGUGCGUGGGGGUUACGUGUUGGUAGGGUGAAGAGUAAGAAAUUGACAUAUUCAAAUUAUACACUUCCAUUCCAGGAAAUUUUUCUCUUUGAAGAGUUUAGUUGGACAAUAUCAGUUUUUAAUCGACCGGAUUCUUAACUUUAAGAAUGUGUAUUUUAUUCAUUGUAAGUAAUUUAGAAUCAGAACUGUCGCUAGAAUAGGAUAGUAUGUUACAUGCUUGAGAAGAUGGAGUCUUACAUAAAAGUAUACUUCUUGAACAAUAAGUUUUGAAUGAAGAUUUCUUAUGACAAGAUUGAUUUCUUCAAAAGAUCAGGAACAGAAAAUCACAUUAUAUGAAAUAUGGAUAAUCCGCGAGCUCUUCUUACCUUGCCAUGAUUGGUCAUGUCUGAAGACUGUACUCGACAAAACUUGUCUUGUCUUGUUAUUAGUGGUCUUUCAAAACGGUUUUUUCACAACUCCUUUCAGUCAAACUACAUAAAUAAUUUGACUAAAUAAUAAGAAAUCUUUUACAUCACAAACUACUGCAAAUUGAACAGUUUUUAUUUUUAUUCAGUUCAAAUUAAAAAAAAUUUAAAAAACACUAAACGGAAAAAUGUGCCGAAAAAGGUAAGCAACGGACAAUAGUUUGACAACAAUACCACGUAAAAAACCUUUUAUCGUUGAAUGUAGACUCUUUAAAAGCGAGUGCUAAUGAUGACUUAAAUCGUGAAAAUAAAGACUACCAUUAACUAUACCUACUGUUUAAAAUUAAAAAUGUGAAAACUAAAGAAAAACUAUACAUAUACCGGAUGAAGGAGUAAAAAAGUAUAUAUACCUUUAAAGUAGAAUAAUAAACAAUAGUUUAAGCAUAAAAACCGAAAGUAAUAAUCCGGACGGGUUGUGGGACACUAAUGAGAGGGUCCUUCGCAUAUCAAAAGAAGCAACAAUAAAGAUAAACAACAAUGAAUAAGCAAAUCUACUCCACCCCGUCAAAGUUGCUAAACAGGAUGAAAAUCUACGGAAACUGUAAAGCGCCAAAGUGAAAAAAUAUUAAAGCAAAAAUUUACAAUAUCAAUUGGAAAACCGGUAAACGUAAAAAAAGAAAAUAUUUACUCUAAACUUAUACAACAACAAAGUAAAACUAACAUUCAUUCCCUUAGACUGGACAGCAUUCUCCCUCCCAUUCGCAAAAAAAAAUCCCAAGUGACAGAAGAUCGGUUUCCUCCAAGUUGUUGCAUUUAAAACCAGAAAAAGUUACCUUAGUAGGCUUUUGUUGAAAUUUGUAACAUUCGGAACAGUCAGAAUUAAAAAUAAUAGUCAAAAAACAAUCUGUAAAUUUUUCCAACAGUCGCUAGUCAGACGUAUUUACAAAAAAAAAUCGAAAACAACAACAAUACAUAAACAAACAAACCAAUAGAAUAGAAUCGUUCAAGAAAUCGAAGAGUUUGAAAAUAUGGAGGAAGUCGUUUGAAAGGCAAUAAUAAAAUCGAAAAGAAUCGUGAUCGAGUUUAAUGUCAACAAGAAUGGAGCACACUUGGAAGGGAAACUAUUCGGUGUUACAAGUAUAAGUAAGCAUUAAAAUGUGUAAAAAUGACCUAUUACUUAAUAUAUCGACGACGACAUAAACGGUUGUUAUUUUAACAAGUUCACUUUCGUUCCGUGUCGUAACCAUGGCAAUCUUAGGUUGAACUACAUACAUACAUACGUGCGUACUCACUAUGUAACGAAGAUGUUAUUAUUCGCAAAUGCUUCGUCUUUUUGUUUCUGUUGAAGCUGUGCGUAGAACCAAAAAAAAAACAUAAAACAAAGAUUUACACUACCUACCCACCUUUCACAAAUCAUGUGUACAACAAGUAUUAGCGUGAUAAGUUUAAUCAUUAGAAAGAAGCGAGAGAGCAAUAUAAUUAUGCGCAACCGAGUCCGUCGUCUCCUCCGCUCUCUCACACUUUAACCGUGCGUGAUAUGUUGAUGUGAUGUUAAGUGAUUGAUUACGGUAAUUUUCACGGUUAAGCUUAUAAUCAUUGCAGCAGUACAGAGUCGCCCGUCGUCAUCAUACUUAGUAGAGGUGCCUACCAAUUUAUCCAAUGGGUCGCUUGCUACGAUUAGGUGAAAAGUUGUCGCCGCCGCAUUUCUGUGCAAUCGAAGCAUGCGUGUGCAUUUUUCUCUUCCCUCGUUUGCGCCUUGCGUUGAUCUGAUAUUAGACAUCGCCUACUUGAGGCUCUGGUUUAUUAAAACUUUGUUAGGCAAUGCAGCGUGCCCUACCCGUUAAGUUUUUAAAAUAUUUGCUAAAUUGAUAGUUGGAUCGAAUUGGUUGUAUGGUAGAUGGAAACGAGCGCGAUAUGGUGGGUCCCUAAUUGGGCUUUAUGCAACAUUGAUGUCUUAUAAGCCAAUGUCAUCGGGUAAGGCGUAAAUUGAAUACAAACUGGAGCUAGGCUUGUGGUUUAGUCAGCAAAUAUCUAAAUUUAUUAUUUUCAAAGCAGCCCUUCAAUUCCUAGAUAUUAUUUCUCGCUGAAAAACUGUAAUAAAACCUAAGUAGACCUAACAUUUUUUCACUUUCUGUAGGUAAACCCAUUCAUUGUCCACGAAAACCGUACGUAAGCAUGUAAAAACUAUUGAAGGAACACGCACGAAAGAUGAAUACCAACUUCAACCGCAAAGAAGCACAGUGAUUAACUACAUGUAGCUUAGAGUGAGAAAACCUUAAAGAAAACGAGACUCUAAUGACGACAGCGACACCACUUUCAAAACAAUGCACUGUUAAGAGAUAAUCGAAAAGAA